UUUGCAGUUAUUACAAACUGUAUCAGAAUCCCGGACUUCCGGGAAAGUUAUCUAUGGGUUAUUUCCACCGAUGCCGAUCUUUGUAUUGUGUGUGCUCCGUUCUUGUUUUCUAGUACUCAUGCUAGAACGAUUUUUUUCGGAUGCGUAGCAAUCAACCAUAAAUCAUUAUUCAAAUGGCGGGAGAGUCAGGACAACCAGCCUUAGCGGAAGUCGAUGUAGUUCUUGGGCAGGACGACCAAUCAGACAAUAAGAAGACACACGUUGUCGUUUCAACUCUGAGCGUGGAAUAUGAGCGAGAUUUUUCGGAGUCGAAUGAUCCUCAAAUUUCAUCAGUCACAAUAGAAUCUCAAGUCACUGUUGAUGGACCUGUUGCUGAAGAAACAGACUGGCAAAGAUUUGGAAUAAGUCUGGUGAUUUUGUUGUUUUGUGCAAGCACAGCCGUGGGUGACCAGCAAUUAUCGAAGGAAGUCAAUGGGUCGACCUUUGAUGCACCGUUCUUUUUCUUGUGGUGCAGCAAUAUUGUUCGGAUGCUUACAUUUCCUGCCUUGGUCUGCAUUAGGAUGAUAUACGAAUACACCUGUGGGCAUGCCGGCCUGAUCCAUAAAAUCUGGAUCUGUGGUAAGGCCCACCGCAGCAUAGUUAUUUCCGGCGAGAACAAAAGGAUAUCUGCAAAAGGUCUUUGGGUGGAAGCAAAAAGUUUAAUGGGACCAAAAGGAUUCCAACCGCUGAACUGCGUAAUUUACUUAGUUCCGUUCGCAUUAAGCAUUAUCGCCAUCAAUGGAUUGUUUUACUGGGCAGUGACGUACGCCUCGGUAUCGGAAUGUGUCACAAUUGGAAGCCAGUUUAUUAUCAUAGUCCACAUUAUUUCAUGGGUCUUCCUGAAAGAGAAGUUUUUAAUAUUUAAGCUACUGGGAAUUAUUGUUUGCAUUGCCGGGGUUGUACUGACUGCGUAUGCAUCCGGCGAAGAACUGGUUUCCUCCAGCGAUUCCUGGAUCGCUGCAGCUCUGAUGACGGGAUCAUCGGUGUCACUGGCAGUAACGUCGGUACUUUUUAAGAAACAUUUUGGGACGCCUACUAUUAGCCAGAUCGCUUUGUACCAGUCGUUGACUUCCACGGUCAUGGUGCUGAUUUCUUGGCCGCUUUUUCUGGCACUGAAACUGACCGGAAACGAAAUCUGGGAUUUCCAAACCGCUCCUUGGCUGAUUAUAGUAGCGCAAGGUGCUAUCGGAGCCGUUGGCGCCUUGGCGUAUUACGUGGCAAUUAGCUUUGCAUCGCCUGUAUUCAUUACCAUGUCGAGACCUCUGCAAAUCGUUAUAAACAAUGGAAUUGAUAUUGGCGCACGAGGGGAUUCAUUUAGCCUGCUCAACGGAAUCGCCGCUGCAUUGGUCAUUGCCGGAUUUCUGAUGCUGGUCAUUCCGAAUAACUUUGUAGAUUUUGAAAUAAAAGCGAGGAUAACGAGAUUGUGGUGGAACGGAGAAUCAAGCAGCGGCAUAAAGGACAACAUUUCUAUUUCCUCCAAUCGCAUUGAAAUGUCUAAAUACUAAAAUGAAGUGUAAAAAGUUCGCAUUGUUUGAAAAACUAAAUGCUAAAACACUGCCACUGUUAAGUGAUAUUAAUUUUGGAGCUGGAAUCAAAAGGUAAUACGGUCCUAACGCCACCGGUUGCUGUCCGUGAACGGUCUGGAACGGCGGCGAUUUGGGAAAUGCAUUCUAAAGUUACUGCACCUCGAAGAGAGACAAAUUUCAAUGAU